AUGAGGAGAACAGCAUUGCUAUUCAGGCCCCAGCCCGGCCUCGGGGCAAAGGCUGGCGUCAGCAACUCACCUUCAGUGUCGCGCCGCGCCCUGUCCUCAUGCUCCUCCUCGUGGCGGCCCUCACCACCGCUGGCUAGCUCACCCCACAGAUUGCAUUCCGCAGCCACCAGGCCAAGGGAGAGCCUGGUCGCCCCGGGGCCCGGCCGCAGGGGCUACUCGUCCGAGCCUCCUCUUCAGAAGACCGCCCUGUACGAUCUUCAUGUGGCCCACGGCGCAAAGAUGGUCCCCUUUGGCGGCUUCCAGAUGCCCGUGCAGUACUCUGGCCUCUCCGUCUCCGAGUCACACAAGUUCACCCGCACCAACGCCUCGCUCUUCGAUGUCUCGCACAUGGUGCAGCGCAUCUUUAGCGGGCCGGACGCGGCCGCCUUCCUGCAGACGGUCACACCCUCCAACCUUGAGGCCCUGCCGGUGAACAAGAGCACCCUCUCCGCUCUCCUACAUCCCGAGACGGGCGGUAUCGUCGACGACACCGUCAUCACCAAGCUGGCAGCCGACCGCUUCUAUGUCGUCACCAACGCCGCCUGCCGCGCCAAGGACGACGCCUACCUGGCCGCGCAGCUUGCAUCCUUCCGGGGCAGCGUCCAGCACGAGAAACAGGACGACAAGGGGCUCAUCGCGCUGCAGGGCCCGCUGAGCGCCGGAAUCCUGGAGUCCGUCCUCGUGGACCCAGAGUCCGUGGCCCUGACGGGGCUGUACUUUGGCGGCUGUACUACGGCCAAGAUCAAGCUGCUGGGCAUGGAUGUGUCCAGCCCCGUGCUGAUCAGCCGUGGUGGCUACACCGGCGAGGAUGGUUUCGAGAUCUCGGUCCCUUCUGCCCAAGAGACCGUGGCUGUGGCCGAGGCGCUGCUGGCGGUGGGCCCGGAGAAGCUCCAGCUGGCCGGCCUGGGCGCCAGGGACAGCCUGAGGCUGGAGGCGGGCAUGUGCCUGUACGGGCACGACCUGGAUGACACAACCACCCCCGUCGAGGGAGGGCUGGGCUGGAUCAUACCAAAGGAGCGGAGGGGCGCCGAGGCGGGCUACCACGGCGCCGAGCUCAUCUCAAAGCAGCUGGUGCUCAAGAGCAAGGGCGGCCGAGGUGUCGACCGGAGGAGGGUAGGGUUCGUGGUCGAUGGCGCACCGGCGAGAGAGGGGGCAGAGAUUGUGAGCAAGGAGGGCGACAAGAUCGGCCAGGUCACGAGCGGGUGCCCCAGCCCCACGCUUGGCAAGAACAUCGCAAUGGGGUAUAUCAAGGACGGAUUCCACAAGUCGGGCACGGAGGUUGAUGUUGUCAUCAGAGGCAGAAGGCGCAAGGCCACGGUGACCAAGAUGCCAUUUGUGGAGACAAAGUAUUGGAAGGGCACGGCUCCCGCGUAG